UAAACCCCCGCUGCACUUGGCACAAGGACUUCCUUUUGUUCUCCGAGUGUGAGCAGUAAGGUUGUGUUAGUGGCGGGGGGAGGGGGGUUGGGUUGCUGAGAGGAAAGUCAGAGUAGUCAUGCAGGACCCUGAUGAGGGCCUAGAUGGGAGAGCAGUGACUGAAGGAGGUGACAAGAAUGGGCAGCAGAGUCCUCAAGCUCCCGAAACCCAGGCUAGCUCUCCAAGUUCGGCAACCGAAGGUGACCGUGGCAACUUCCCUCAGAGUGGCCCACAAGAUUCCAGUAGCCCGGCUGCCCCUGGUAGCCCGGCUGCCCCUGGUAGCCCGGCUGCCCCUGGUAGCCCGGCUGCCCCUGGUAGCCCGGCUGCCCCUGGUAGCCCGGCUGCCCCUGGUAGCCCGGCUGCCCCUGGUAGCCCGGCUGCCCCUGGUAGCCCGGCUGCCCCUGGUAGCCCGGCUGCCCCUGGUAGCCCGGCUGCCCCUGGUAGCCCGGCUGCCCCUGGUAGCCCGGCUGCCCCUGGUAGCCCGGCUGCCCCUGGUAGCCCGGCUGCCCCUGGUAGCCCGGCUGCUCCAGGCAGUCCUGUAGGGUCCGGUGCAGCCGCUGAAGAGGCAGCUGUGGUUCCCCACAGCGAGCAGCCACCACUUGUCCCUGGACCCAGCGGAGAUACGGCAUCAACAACUGGAAAUCGACUCCUGGAGUUCUCUGUAACAGUGCCUUUCAGGUCUGCAGUGGAGGCAGACAUGGCCCGCAGGUCCCUGGUCUCCAAUGCCCGUCGCCAGCAAGUGAUGGUUCAGCAGGAGUUCACUGUGAAUGACAGUAUCCUGUCUGUUAGGUGGACUACUGAAGACCCUGUGCUCUUCCGCAUUUCCAUCAACACUUUUCUUGACCAGCUGUCCCUGGUGAUGAGAAACAUCCAGCGCCUGGAGUUUGUGGCUGUUGUCAAACGAGGCCGAGGAAGAAGUCGUGAAUCCUAACAUGUUACUGGAUACAAGAAAAGUCAGAGGCGUUUUCAUGUUUUGAACAAUUGCUAUUUUGCCCUUAAAAUUUCAGUGUUUCAAUACUCUGUGUCAUGUAUUAGUCUCAUGGUUGGAUUGUUUCCCAGUGGCUGAAGGAAUGAGCGUUUACAUGUUACAGACAAAAUAAAAAUUAGCAAAUAUUUUUUCAUCUGACUUUACUUUUGACUAUGGCAAAAACUGCCAGGUUUUCUCAUCUGUGUGCUUCUGUGGAGAAGUUCUGUAAUUUAAAUGUCUGAGUAGUCCAAAGUAAUUUAAGACAAUUUAGGAAAUGGAAGGAAAAUGAAAUUACUUGCGUAUAGUCGUACAACAAAAAUUAUUGACAAUGUUUUUGAAGUGCAGGUGUUUGUAUAUGUACAUGUUGAUAUUGUGAGGGUCACCUGUGUGCACAUGCAUGUGUCUGUGUAUGUACACAUAUGAAUGUUCUGUAUAUGGAGCCCGGGUGCCGACCAGGGAUGCCUAUUCUUGGGGGCCUGGAUACCUUGUGGUUUUCUUUUCUUUUCUUUCUUUCAAUAUGGCCUCACAGUGAUUAAGAAAUUCCAAUUUGGCUAGACCGACUGGGCAGUAGGCUAUGGGGAUCUGCCUGUCUUCAUAUGCCUAGAACUGGCAUGACAAUGUAUUGCCUCCCCCUCCAGAUUUUAUGUCAGUACUUGAACUGAAUACACAUCUUCAUACUUAAGCAGCAAGAACUUGACCAAACUUAAUCAUCUCCCUAGAUCCAGCACAUUUUUGAAGUAAGAAAAUUUGGAACUCCUGUUGUAGCUCAAUCCUUGGGUGCUUGCAUAGCAUGCUAGAAGUCCUGGGUCACAAGUAAUAUGAAAAAUAAGAGUAUAUUUUAGCAAUAUACUUUUCUUUAUAUAUUAUAUGCAUGAAUGCAGCUAUAAUAUACUAUAUCUUUUACAAGGUAUAUUUCUUUUAAAUACCAUCUUUUCCAUUUUCUAAAACUGCAUUUAAAUAACACGUAGUACUUUAGUGCUUUCCAAGGUAAUUUCCCCAUAAUAACGAAAUCUAUGCAUGAAUACUUCUUUUCCUGUACUACAUUUUAAGAGGGACACUUAUUAAGUUAAUUAUCCAUUUAUUUUUUAAACUCCUGUAUCUGUAGUAUACAGAUGUUCUCCUAAAUGUACCUUCCCACAAAAUAAUAGUUGCAUAUGCUCAUCACCGCUAGAGUGUCCACCUGCCAAAAUUUACAAUGGGCAUCACGUGAGAUCCUAAGAACAUAGAAACAGCAGAGUGGGAUAUGUGUGGCUCCUGGACUUCCUUUCCGAUUAGUGUAGAGCGGCACUGAGGUAAUUGAUUGUGCUUGUGAAGUAGUGCCUAGCUGUGUACAAACAGCUUGCAUGCAAGAAUCUUGCUAAACUCACUCAUUAAUUCUUGUGACUGUUUUGUAGGCCCCAUCAGAUAUGUAUGUGGGAAUGUCAAUAAAGACAGUUUCAU